CUGCAGGGGGUCGUCGGCUGGGCGAUGGUCAUGAAAGCCAAGGAGACAGUCGACACCGCGCUGUGAUACCGUAAGAGUUUCGACCGUAAUGUGUGUGUGUGGACCGUGUUACACCCCCCAAGGCCUGCCAGUCUGCGGCCACAUACACGUUACCUCGCCACGCAUCAGUUACCGCCGCACAGCACACCACCGCGCCCUGCCCUUUCUCGCCUCCGCCUUGCCCACAGGAUGGAGCUCUACACGGCAAAUAAUGAUGUGUUGGUGAACCCGAGGAGCGAGUACCGAGUGACCCGCAGGUACCAGGGCAGGGUGAAGGCAGUGGUGUUCGACUGGGCAGGGACGGUGAUUGACUGCGGUGUGUUCUCCCCCACCGGCGCCUUCAUGGAGCUCUUCAGGGAGGAGGGCAUCGAGGUGACCAGCGCCGAGGCCCGAGGACCCAUGGGCAUGCACAAGCGGGCACACAUUUGCAAGAUGCUGGAGAUGGAGAGGGUGCGGGAGGUAUGGCUGCAGAGGAAGGGAGCGCCACCUACCGACGGGGAUAUUAACAGAAUGUACGCCAAGUUUGUACCGAAGAACAUCACGGCGCUGAAGACACACUCGAAGCUGAUAGACGGUACUGUGGAAUGCCUGACGGAGCUACGCAGGAUGAACAUCAAGGUGGGCUCGUGUACAGGCUACCCCUCCGCCAUCGUGGAGACGCUCAAGCCCAUCGCCGCGGCCCAAGGUUACGCCCCUGACGUAUACGUGGCCGCCGACGAGGUGCCGCAGGCCAGGCCGAUGCCCUACAUGGUGUGGCUCAACGCAAUACGCCUGGACGUGAACCCCAUCGAGGCGGUGGUGAAGGUGGACGACACGGUGGACGGCAUCAAGGAGGGGCUCUCGGCGGGCUGCUGGACUAUCGGCGUGGCUUUGACGGGGAACUACGUGGCGGCGACGGAGGAGGAAUUGGCCUCGAUGCCUCGCGAGGACCUGCAGAGGAAGCUGAACAGGGCGUACGAGAUUCUGCACGACGCCGGCAGCCACUACGUCGUGGACUCCGUAAAGGACGUGCCGGCGGUGGUCAAGGACAUAAACAGACGGCUGGCUUCGGGGGAGAGGCCGUGAAGGGCGCCGGGACCGAGGAGCAACGACCAAGACAAGCAGCGUUACCAGAUCGUCGAACUCAGAACAUUAGAUUUGCCAGACUCAGACCCAAAACUGUCGUACCAACACAAAUAACGAUGAAAAAAAGUGUUCACGUUGAUCAUGUUUUUUGGGGGGCUAGUUUUUUGUCAGAAACCGGAUAAUACAAUGUGCUGACGACGAUUAUUUGGUGACGUUGCAUGAGAGGCGCGGCGGCUGGCAAGAAUGUGGACAAAUAAAGACUGGGGAGGAGUAAAUGUUGAUGACCUGAAGAGAGGAGCGACGUAUUAUAGAGAACGGUUAUGGAGAACGUGAGGCAACAAAUGAACAACUUGGGAGAGGUGAAUGCAAUGAAAGACUCGGGCAGAUUAUGUCUACCUCAGGCUCUGGAGCUGCAUUCCAACUAAUUUUUUUUUCUGAAGAUAAAGAAGAGAAAAUGA